UGCUUAUGUAUACUAUAUAGAAUUUCGGUUUACCAUAACCUAUAUUUUUAAAUAUCUGAUCGAUGAAAGUGGCUCCUACAACAUAUUACUACAUUUGAUGAUAUGGUGAAUGCAGAUUGAAUUCAUUUCUUACGUAACUGGAACUCUAAAACAGAGAAAUGGGUGAACGCAAAGGAACUAAUCACUACUAUCCCCCCGACUAUGAUCCCAAGGUCGGGGGUCUCAACAAAUUCCUUGGUACACAUGCAUUGCGAGAACGAGCUCGUAAAUUGCACAUGGGUAUCCUGAUUAUUCGAUUUGAAAUGCCCUAUAACAUCUGGUGUGAAGGCUGUGGAAAUCACAUUGGCAUGGGUGUUCGAUAUAACGCUGAAAAAAAGAAAGUUGGGAUGUAUUACAGCACUCCCCUGUAUCAGUUUCGGAUGAAAUGUCAUCUUUGUGACAAUCAUUUUGAAAUAAAAACAGACCCAGGAAAUCUAGAUUAUGUCAUAGUCAGUGGAGCUCGGAGACAAGAGAAUCGCUGGGAUCCAAUAGCAAAUGAACAGACUGUGCCAGAAACUAAAGAAGUCUCCCACCGAUUAUACGAUGAUGCUAUGUUCAAAGUAGAACAUCAGACAGAAGAUGUCAAAACCUCUAAGAACCGUGACCCAGCUCUUGCCAAACUGAUCCAAAUGAAAAAACCAACUUGGGAAGAUGAUUACAGUUCUAAUUGCGUGCUCAGAGCCAAAUUGAGAGCAACGAAAAAAGAUCUUCAAAACACGCAAGUGGUGGACAAAAAGCUUUUGGACAAAUCUAGUUUAAAUAUUAAAUUGGUAACAGAACAUGAAGACGACAUAAAACUGGCACGUGCUAUUACUUCUGGUAGUAGUAGUACUAGUAGUAAGGCUAGCAGUUCUAAACGAGGUUCAACGAAUCCCAUAAAAUCACUACCAAAAAAAUUAAGACUCAUAAAAAAGGUUGAGACACCAAAUCAUUUAAAGACAAAGCUAUCACGUGAAUCAAUAGGAAUUGAAGUGAAUCGUAUGAAACAAAAACAAGACCAACAAUCACUUGGCAACAAAUCUUCUUCAGAUUCUAACAAAACGUCUACCUCUACUAGUCAACAAAACCUGCCCUUAGUCCAUUAUGAUUUCUCAAGUUCAGAUAGUGGAUCAGAACGUUCGUGAAUAUAUAUCAUGGUCAAUAAUAACAUGAAGAGAGCUUUGUUUUGGAAUUGAAUUACUUGAUGACUAAGAGUACCUUAUACAAUCUGCAAAUCGCGAAUAAUUCAAUUACGUAGUUCUUUGCAAUAAGUGAAAAGAUAUAUUUUAUUUUACUCUCACAAUUUCCAGUCAGUACUCCAUCGAUGAUUUAAUGAAACCACCUUAAGAAAAAUGAGCUGAAAUAAUUGGAUAUCCAUUGGACAAUAGGUAUAAAGUAUCGUACUCAAUCGACCUCGUAUUAACUAUGUAAAAUAAACUGUAAAUAUAU